AUGGCGCUGACCUGCCCUGUGUUCAUUCCCAAUCGCAAUGUGGCCCGAGACAACACCUGCGAGCUCUGCGGGAUGCCUUACGACUUUCACGGCUCCGGGAUGCUCCGACCAGCUACCGGGGUGGAGACGUCGGAGACGUGGAGGAGGAAGGGAGGUGAGGAGAAGCCAAACGCCUUCCGCAAGAGCUUCUUGCCCAUGCUGGAGACUCCAGACCUGCUGGCCAAGCCCUGCAGGCCUCCAGCUGGCAUGGGGUUGCACCCAACACGUCAGGGGCAUGAAGAGGAGAGCAUGCGGCCUGAUCUUCGAAGAAAGUCUGGCAUGAUGCUUGUGGAGGUCUUGAUGAGCAGGAUGGUUGAGGAGAUAUCGCUUCCCGCUCCCUGCCAGUUCGCCGACCUCUUCUGGUCCGUCGCGGUCAUCGGCUACAAGGGCAGCAACGCAAGCAGCUCUAGAGCCAAGGAGCAUCUUCUUCCCUUGCUCCCCCCAGUGAACGACUUGACUACAUCACAAGCAUGCAGAGUGUUGGAGGCUUUCUCGCUGCUGACGACCAACGGGAACGACAAAUACCUUGCUGACCUCUCAAGCAAGAUCGCUGCUGCCUCCUCCUCCCUCCCUCCUCCUCACGUCGCCCUCCUCCUACAGGCUCUCGCGAGACUCCACUUCUCCGUCAACGAUGACGUCAUCCUCCGACUUUGUGAUCGCGCCGCUCAGGGACGUCGCUCGCGUCGCCUGGGCUCUCGUCCGGCUCAGCUCAGCUUCCUCCGGUGCCCAGCAGGCCCCCGCCGCUCCUGCAGCACCGGCAGCAGCACCGGCACCGGCAGCAGCACCGGCAGCAGCACCGGCAGCGGAGCGGAGCCGGCAACGGCAGCGGCCGACGGCAGUGGCGACUCCAGCAAGAGCUCCCAGCUCCUGAGCAGCGUCGCGAGGCGUCUGGUGCGGGACGAGCUGGCGGGGGAGCUGGGCUGCAAGGAGGUCGCGAUGCUCUUCUGGUCUCUCGGGCAGGUGGGCGAGGAGGCGCUGGGAGGAGCCGGGCUCAGCGACCGGCUGGUAGGGCGCGGGCAGGAGCUUGUCGGGGCUUACAGUGCGGACGAGGUAGCGGACAUCCUUGGGGGGAUGGGCCGAUCAACGGGGGGGAGAGGAGGAGGAGGAGGAGGAGCAGCAGGAGCAGCAGGAGAGUUUAGCGAGAAGCUGAAGCAGCGUGCCAUCGGCCUCAUCCCCAGCAUGCAGGCACGAGAGAUCAGCAGGACGAUGCGAUCAGUCGCGGAGCAGGGGAUCCGCAGCAGGACGGACGAGGAGCUGUAUGAGGGGCUGAAGAAGCAGGCGGGGAAGAUGGUGCAGGGCUUCACGGGGGAGGACAUCACGGACAGUCUGUGGGCGCUGGCUCAGGCUGGUGGCUCCAUGUCUGAAAGCUUGGCAAAAGAGUUGAAGCGACUUGCGAUGAUGCCGGUGUCGUCAUAG